AAGACAAGUUUUCCGCACUCUUUUUCUCUCGCUUUACACUUGCUGUGGCUGGUACACAAACGUGUUUUGAUAUUGUGUUUUCAUUUUUAAUUACGCCCCCUCUUCAUAUGUCAUUGCAACAAUAUUUAUUUUAAAUUAUUUAAAGUUUUUUUUCUCUAUAUUGUUUCUUGGAUAAUACGUAAUCAGGUCACCUAUCUUAACAAUGACUGUCUAAGCUGAUUUACAUACAAUUUUAGUUUGCAAAUUGGCUUAAUUCCUUUUACUAGAAAUGAUUAAACAAUCAAAUUUGUUGAAAUGGGCUCAAAAUAACAAGAACAACUCAAAAAAUGGAACUAACAAAAGUUGGAUCCACCCCCCUGAUGCUUUGCAGCAUGGCCAUGUCGCAUACUUAGUAAAGUUUUUAGGAAGUGUUGAAGUUGACCAAGCAAAGGGUAUUGAUGUAGUUAAAGAUGGCAUUCGAAAAUUAAAAUUUAAUCAACAAUUGAAAAAAUCAGAAGGGACCAAAACACCCAAGGUUGAAGUCACAAUAUCAAUUGAUGGUGUGGCUAUUCAGGAUAACAAAACAAAGCAAAUUUUCCACCAGUACCCUCUGCAUCGCAUUUCAUAUUGUGCGAAUGACAAAUCUGACAAAAAAUUCUUCAGUUUUAUUGCCAAAGAAGAUAAUGGGGAAAAGCACAUGUGCUUUGUUUUUGCUAGUGAUAAACUUGCAGAAGAUAUUACACUAACUAUUGGGGAAGCUUUUGAUCUGGCUUAUAGAAAGUUUUUAGAUACUUCUGGAAGAGAUUUAGAAGCAAAGAAACAGCUAAUGAUUCUUCAAAAAAGAGUACAGGAGCUGGAAAAAGAAAAUUCACUAUUGAAACAAAGACUGUCAACUUUUACAAAAGAAUCUAUUACUAGUAAUGGCAACAUGAAAAAUGGACAAACUCCACAAAACCUACUGAAUUUGAAUGGAGAAGCUGUUACUCGUCAUCAGUCGACAAUUGAGCCUGGUCGUAAUGCUGCUUUGCAGCAGAAUGUGCGUAAUGAAAUAAAGUCUAUGCCACCCACCUCUCCGUCCCAGGAGCUCUUUAAUUUAGUUAGCUUUCCAAUAGCUCCAGCAGUUGGAACUAAAUUGGAAAAUUUGGCAUUAGAUGAGUUUGAAGACUUUAAUCCGAGAGAAGAUAAUGUAAUCACAAAUGGAAAUAAAGCUAAAGCUAGCACAGACAUAUUUGGUGCUCCUCCUUUUAAUCCCACCAAAAACUCCAAUGCAGACCCAUUUGGAAUGGGUGAUUUCAGUACCGUGCCAUCGUCUCAUGGCGUAGACUUAGAGAAUGCCAUUGGGGAACUUGAUAAGAAAAUAUCAGAGAUGAGAGAUGGUUUUUCACGGGGAUUGUCAUUUGGAAACGAAGACUUUUUUGAUUCACAUACUGCUGCAGAAACUCAUUAAAUUCUGUGUAAAUGGACAUUGUAUUUUCUGGGCAUCUCAUAUUUUAACACAUAAAGCACAAUUGAAGCUUAAUUGCAGCACAGUAACUUGUAAAAAUGUACAUUACCAAAUGGGACCAUAAAGCUUCAUGAUUUAACAAGUUUCUACUUUUAAAUUCACUCUAAUUAGUUAUCAGUAUGUACAGUUUAUAAACGUCAGAAGUUUGAAUGUAUUUUUAGGCCUAUCCCAAGCAACAGAUUUUAAAAUUUUACCGUCCUUAACUAAGAAAUCUUGAAUUUUAGAGCUUAGUUAUAGCUAUAGCUUUUAUUUUUUAAAAGUCUUGAUAAUGAUUGUAGUGAGAAUUUUACUUAGACUGUAAUCUAUUUAAUUUAACCCUCUAAGCAAUCUGUGCCUGUGCAAAAUUGUGAUGAAAUAUCAUUGGUACACUAAUCACACUACUUUUCUAUUAAAUAAGAUGGAAAUGACUGGUUUUUGAUGCAAAAAAGCCAGGGCAAAUGCUCAGAGGGUUAAGUUGAAUUAUUUUUAUUAUAAACUGAGAGAAAUAUAUCCCAUACAUGAAUUUUAAGAUAGGAAUUCACUAAUAGAUUUUCUUACUCGAUAUAUCUAGCAACUUAACAGUAAAUGUAGCAACUUGCGUCAGUUUUUCUGCGCACAAUAUAUACUCUAAUGAUCGCAAUGUACUUUGUAUCAAAUAUAUAAUUGGAACUCCCAAACUAUUGAUGAUAUUCAAUCCUGUUAUGAAACAACCUGUAAAGGGAAGAAAAAAAAAUUAUUUUACAAAGCUCCUCUAAAUAAUAAUUAAAUUUUAUAAUUAUUUGAAACCUGUCACAAGAAACAAAUGUAGACUAAUUGAUGCAUUGUUAUUACAAAUCAUUACAUUACAUGUUACUAUAAUUUAUAGUAGAAAUAAAUAAUUUAAUUGUAAAUAAACUAUAUAGAUUCUUUUUACUAUAUACAAAAUUGUUUUGAGGAUUAUGAUUUAGAUUAUAUGGUAUCAUUGAAACAGUACUAUUAAACUGAAACAAAUGAAAAUCAAGACAACUUUGUAAGAUUCUAUUAAGUGAAAUUUUAAGAAUUUAUUUUAUUUUAACAAUGAAAUUUAAAAAUGUUGCCAUUUACUUUAUAUUUACAUACAGAUAAAUGGUAUGAUAUAUUUUUUCUAAUAUUCUCAUAUAUAUUUGCUUAUAAUUUGAAGUUAAAAAUAGACCAGCAAAAAUUAACUGUCCUUAAAAAUAUGUGCCAAAAAUUAAUGAGUUCCUUAAACUUAAAUUUGUUAUUUAAAUAAAUUUAAAGUGUUUCAAAUUCUAAUUAAAUUUGUAAAUAAUUUCAAAUAUCUUUUGUGUUUUUAUUUUAAAAUGUUUAUAAAUUUAAAACAAAUGUUAGUGAUACUAAGUGUUUUUAUCAGAAAAAUAUAAUUUUUGCAUAUUUUAGUGGGGAAGAAUAAUUGAACUUGUAAUUUAUUGAUCCAAUUUUCUGCCUCCCUUUCAGUAAAUUGCAGUAAUAUUGAUAAAAUGUUUUGCAAUACAUAACCUUUCUUUAAUCAGUUGUUGCUGUAGUGUUACAUAGCUAUUAUACAUAUAAAUUUUGUGUUUUAUUUGUGUAAAAAAAUUGCUUCGGAUUAGUAAAAAAAAAGUAUUGACUAAUAGUUUAUAUUAAUUUAUUUUGUGUUAGUGAUUGUUAAAUUUAAAAAUUUGUAUUGUUUCCUUUAAAAUGGGAACUGUGUUUAUUAGUUUUUAUUGUAGAACCAAUUAAACAACUACUGUUAUAUUGUUAAACUUUUGUAUAUACAUUAAUUUUUUUAUCCAGUUUGUGUAAAAAUGUCACAAAUUUAUUGAAGACAAAUGCAAAUAUAUUAUAGUUUAAUUUUUUUUUAAUUUCUAGAACAUUGACCAGUUUUGAUGAGUUAUUUCACACUAUUUAUUAAUAAAUAAACAUGCGAAAUGUCAAAAACCUUUGAUUUAGUAUGAUAAUCAUAAAAUUUUUACUGCUAAAUAAUUCAACUUUAUUGUAAUAUGAAUUAAUCAAAAAUGCCGACUGCCAUUGUAUAUUGUUUUAUACUGCACUUGAAAAAUAUCUAAGACAGUUAAUAUUAUAUUUUUUUUCUUCAAAUUAAUGUAUAGAUUUUUUAAAGGGCUAAGCAAAAUUAAUUAUAAUCCUUAAAUUACAAAUGACUUUAAAAUUGAAGCAAAUGGCCUUCUUCGGGCUUAAAACUACAUUAUGAAGAAUGUAAUCAAUUUUUAAUUAAUUUCUAUACAGGUUAUACUUGUUGUUACGACUACUUGUCAAAGAUAAAAAUUACACUGAAAAUUUAACAAGUAUCUUAGUAUGAAUUUUAUAUUGCCAUUUUAUAGGUUUAGGUUAAGACAAAGAAAUAUAUAAUUUGUAUAUAUAAUAUUCCAAUCAUAAGUACUGUGCCAUUUAUAAAAAUGUCUGCGAGAUAUUUAACGAUUUUUUAAAGAAUAAAGUUGUAUAAUGAAAUUUUAUAAAUCUAAUGUUUAUGAAACUUGACAUGAACUGUGUUUGUAUACUCAUACUUUUUGCAGUUAAUUAAGGAUACUGUUCUGAAAAUUGGAAAUUUACAAAUUUAUUGUUCCUAUUCUUUUAAUGAAUCUCUGCUGCUUAAAAAAAAAUGUUCUGCUUUGUGAAAUAUGUUGAAAGAUUAAUUAAUGUUUGGUUCUUCUGUUAUCAUUAAUAAAACUUUUAAAAACCCAA